ACUGCGUUUUCGGGCGGGGGUUAAAAGACAGGCAACAGUAUUAUUUAAGCCUCCUUUGUAAUUUACAAAAUCUGUCCAAAGCCAUCUUUUUGUUACUUGUGUUUUGCUUAAUUUCUUCGGCAUUGAUAUAUAUACUUAACUUUUAAAUAGGGAAAAGGGAACAGAGAAAGGCACUGCUAUGGAAAUCCUCAGGUUUUCCGGUUGAAAUAUGGGGACCACGGAGAAGUAAUGUUUUUGUUUCUGGCACUGAAAGAGCGAAAUCAAGGUAAAAGCGGAGGGAGAUCGAGGGGUUCCACUUUGUGACUCUCCUUCUGUCUUCUCUCCCGAGUUUGAUUCAAAGUUAAGAUCCAAGAUGGCGGCCGACUCCGUGCAGGGUGAUGCCAGAGGUCAGAUGGUUUCCGAGAGGCUCGGCUUAGGCCACAAUCUGGACUUGUCAGACACCAUGGUGCAGCAGAAGCUGGACGAGAUCAAAGACCAGAUCAAACGAGAGAUCCGUAAGGAGCUGAAGAUCAAGGAAGGCGCGGAGAAUCUGAGGAAAGUCACCACAGACAAGAAGAGCUUGGCUUAUGUGGACAACAUGCUGAAGAAGUCCAAUAAGAAGGUUGAGGAGCUGCAUCAGGAGCUGCAGGAGCUCAAUGCACACAUAGUGGUGAAGGACCCUGAGGAGCUCCUAAUGUCCCCAUGCCCCCUUACUCCAGAUACCCCCAGUAGUGAAGCACGCGUGUGUGCCAACAGCAGCCGCCUCGCAGCUCUGAAGAAACAAAUUGAUAUCGAGCUUAAAGUCAAACAGGGAGCUGAGAACAUGAUACACAUGUAUUCCAACGGGUCCUCCAAGGACAGGAAGCUGCUUGCCACAGCACAGCAGAUGCUUCAGGACAGCAAAACGAAGAUUGAAUUCAUCAGGAUGCAGAUUCUCAAAGGCAGCCAGACCAGCGAGAUGAGCACCGAGAACAAUGAUGGCAUGGUCUCUUCGACCAAACCUAUUAUCAGUCCACUAGACUUGCGUUUGGAGGAACUGCGACACCACUUCAGAAUAGAGUCUGCAGUUGCUGAAGGUGCCAAGAAUGUCAUGAAGCUGCUGGGGUCAGGAAAGGUCACAGAGAAGAAAGCCCAUUCAGAGGCCCAGGCCCGCUACAAUGAGUCCAGUCAGAAACUGGACCUGCUGAAGUAUUCUCUGGAGCAGAGACUGAGCGAGCUCCCCAAAAAUCACCCGAAGAGCAGCCUGAUCAUGGAGGAGCUGACCAUGGUUGCGUCUCCUCCCCUCAGCCCUAGACAGAGCAUCAUCUCCACACACAACCAGUACAGCACUGUCGCCAAACCUGCCGCUCUCACUGGUACUUUAGACGUUAGGCUGAUGGGCUGUCAAGACCUUUUGGAGAACGUUCCGGGUCGGACAAAAGCUGGGUCGGUGGCUUUACCUGGCUGGAGCCCCAGUGAGAACCGCUCGUCCUUCAUGAGUCGCGGAACCAAGAAUAAGAGCGGCAGCAGCCGCAACCUCUCCAAAUCAGAGGAACUGUCCAAUGAGAUCAGUGCUGUACUGAAGCUGGAUAACACCGUGGUGGGCCAGACAAGCUGGAGACCAGUUGGCAACCAAGCCUGGGACCAGAAGUUCACACUGGAGCUCGACCGGUCACGGGAGCUGGAGAUAGCUGUUUAUUGGCGGGACUGGCGAUCUUUGUGUGCUGUGAAGUUCCUUCGUCUGGAAGACUUUCUAGAUAAUCAGCGUCAUGGCAUGUGCCUCUAUCUAGAGCCACAGGGAACUCUUUUCGCUGAGGUUACUUUUUUCAACCCAGUUAUUGAAAGAAGACCCAAACUACAAAGGCAAAAGAAAAUUUUCUCAAAGCAACAAGGUAAAACGUUCCUGCGUGCUCCUCAGAUGAACAUUAACAUCGCUACAUGGGGUCGACUGGUGAGAAGAGCCAUUCCCUCAGUAAAUAACUCCUUCAGCCCACAGGUGGCUGAACUCAACUCUGAACUAAACCCUGAAACUGGACCCCUCAGUCACCCUGAGACACCCUCAUCACCCAGUGAUCCCACUGUGACUAAACUAGACUUUGACAAAGGAGCCACCCCUCCCCCAAAACGUCAUUCCGUAGCCGUGGAAAUUGUGGAACCUCCCCCAGAGAACAAGGCAGAAGAUGGAAAGGAGUUACAGGAUGUCUUAGCUACUUUUGAUUUCCUGAACGACAGUAGGAACAGCAUCGUGGUCAAACCGGACCUCGAUAACCAGGUAGAGCACCAGGAGCAGCAGCCCAGUUUAGAACUGACGACUUUAGAACAAAAAACUGAAACAAGGGAAGAAGAAUUCCAGUUUAAUCUCACUGACUUUAAAUGUGUGGCGGUUCUUGGACGUGGACACUUUGGGAAGGUGUUGCUCGCUGAAUACAAGGUCACAGGAGAGAUGUUUGCCAUCAAAGCUUUGAAGAAAGGAGACAUUGUAGCUCGAGAUGAAGUUGACAGCCUAAUGUGUGAGAAGAGGAUCUUUGAGACGGUCAAUAGCGUCCGCCAUCCCUUCCUGGUCAACCUGUUCGCAUGUUUCCAGACCAAGGAGCAUGUUUGUUUUGUCAUGGAGUAUGCGGCAGGUGGAGAUCUCAUGAUGCACAUCCACGCCGAUGUCUUUUCAGAACCUCGUGCCGUCUUCUAUGCAGCUUGUGUGGUUUUGGGACUGCAGUUUCUUCAUGACCAUAAGAUAGUCUACAGGGAUUUGAAGCUAGAUAACCUGCUGCUGGACACUGAGGGAUAUGUGAAGAUCGCUGACUUUGGCCUCUGCAAAGAAGGAAUGGGCUUUAGAGACCGCACCAGCACUUUCUGCGGCACUCCCGAGUUCUUGGCGCCCGAGGUUCUGACUGAGACGUCGUAUACACGUGCAGUGGACUGGUGGGGUCUGGGUGUGCUUAUCUUCGAGAUGCUGGUGGGAGAGUCACCCUUUCCCGGUGACGAUGAAGAGGAGGUGUUUGACAGCAUUGUUAACGAUGAAGUUCGUUACCCACGAUUCCUUUCGACUGAAGCCAUCUCCAUUAUGAGAAGGUUGUUGCGGAGAAACCCGGAAAGACGUCUUGGGGCAGGGGAAAAGGAUGCAGAGGAAGUGAAGAAACAUCCAUUUUUCCGAACCGUGGAUUGGAAUGCUCUGCUAGCUAAGAAGGUGAAACCACCGUUUGUCCCUACUAUAAAAGGUCGCGAGGACGUUAGCAACUUUGAUGAGGAGUUCACCUCAGAGGCUCCGAUCUUGACUCCGCCCCGCGAGCCCAGGGUGCUGACUGGCACUGAGCAGGACAUGUUCAGUGACUUUGACUACAUCGCUGACUGGUGUUAGCCCCGCCCUCUCCCACACCCCUCUCUCUCUCUCUCCUCCCACACAUACACAACACUGUGAAGCAAACUGCAUAGCCGCUGCAAUCCACUACCACAAGCAACUUUCUCCUUCAAGGAUUCACAGCAGUGAACGUUUUUCCUGUGAGCAGAAACUAAAGCUAGCUCGAACCUUUAUGAACACGCUAAAGCAGACAUGCUCCCUUAAGUCACUACAGCAGCCGUGCCCUCUUAAGCACACCGCACAGUGAACCUCAUCACCUUAAGGAUACACUACAGCAGAGGAGCUCUCUUAAGGGUAACCUACAGCAGACACUACCUUAAGGGCACACUACAUAAAACUGGUUCCUUAAAUGACUCAAUCCUUCUUUAUUGCCUCUUCUGUGCCAUUAAAGGGAGUGGCUUA